AUGAGCAACGAAAAAAUCGUUGCUGAAUUUGAGAAGAAAUACGAUGAGCUUGAUGUUAACAAGAAAGAUAAGAUCGGCAGAGAUGAAUUCUACAAACUUUAUAAACAACUUCAGAAAAAAGACGACAUUCCAAAGUCCAAUUCUGAUAUUAUUUUCAGUGGCAUAGAUUUCAAUAACGAAGGCACUAUCAGUAAAUUUGAUUUCAUUAACUUCGUUAAAAGUGAAAUUUAUUGCGAUGAAUUAAAUCAGUAUAAAAUAAUUUUCCGAUCAUUUGAUAAAGAUAGGAAUGGAGCUCUAACUACAGAUAGCGUUAUAGAAAUAGGCAAAUUUGUCAAUAAAAAGAUCACGAAAAAAGAAGCCGAGACAAUAUUAGAAAAUGAGACCGGUUCUAAAAACGGAAAAAUGACUUUUCCAGUCUUUUACAAGAUGAUGACUGGCAGGGAUACAGAUCCAAAAACAGAUCCUUACGAUGGAAGAUUGAAGUCCUCAAGUUUAUGUUGUUUGCUUCUUUAA